GCGUGCAAUGUCUUGUUAAGUGGCCGGAAAAUCGGAACGCAACGAUGAGCGAGCCUCCUGACCGACAGAAGGUGAUCGAAAAGUACCUCCAAGAAUUACGUCAUGACGACGGCUACUCUCGUAGCUACCUGAAGUCAGACGAAGAGCUAAAGCUUUUUGAGAGGUCCCUGGCUGCCGUCAACGAGAGGUAUGCUGUGCGGACAUCAAGAGACCUGAGCAAGUCGUCUAAAUCCAAUGUCGUCUUCUCCAUGAUCCACUGCGGAUCUCGAAUCUCUCUGGACAAUCUGCCAUUCCGAGUUGUCAAGAAAACCGUCAAAGUGUGCAUAUUUGGAACGGAGUACUACAAGAAAACUCAGGAGAAAAAAAAAACAGAGUUCAAGUACCACUGACUGGCAGAAGGAGGUGUACGAGAAGCGGGUGAACCUCCAAGGCACAAAGAAGAAGGGGUGCGCAGCAACAAUGAAUUUGAAGUGGAUUGAGUUGUACCCAGAUUUCCAGGUGGAUGUGCCCCAGCCAUGCUGCCAGACAAGAGAGGGUCGUCUGAAAGCCGACAAGGCCAAGGAGCAGCAGGAGACACUUGACGCAGAGCAGCAGACUGUGGCCAAAGAGACGCGGGUAUAUGUUAGGAUUACCGACUGCAGUUCCCAUCAAUCAAAACCAUGGUUUCGAGGACAUGGAAGCUUUCAGCCAAAACAUGGACAAGAGCGUUGCUGAGCGAAUUCAGAUGUUGGCAAGAGAAGGCAUUACUUCUGCAUCAGAUGUGAAAAAGUGCCUUCACUAUUAUGUGCACGACGUACUUUUUGCGAACAAGGAGAAGCCUGAUAGCAGCUGCAGGGCCUUUUUCCCAACACAUCGUGACAUCAGCAACCAGAUCCAAGCUGUGCUUAAGAAAGACCGCUUCAGCACAGUUGAUCAAGAGAAUGCUAGAAUCCUAAUUGAAAAGAUCAGGGGUGAGCAACCCGAAUCCUCAUUGUCUAUCGGCCGUAUGCAGCACGCAGCUUCGUGGGUAGCAGCGACUCAGACAACGUGGAAGAGGACAUUGCCAGCGAGUGUGAAGACACGUUGCAGCGACUCAGACAACGUGGAAGAGGACAUUGCCAGCGAGUGUGAAGACACGUUGCUGUUUUGCUUCCAAACAAAAUUCAUGAGGAGCAUGCUUAAAAAGUACGGAGGCUCAGUAGUUUGCCUGGACGCAACGCACAAGACAAGUGACUAUGCCCUACCACUUUUCUUGCUUGUCGUGAAAACACCAUCGGGAUACACACCAGCUGGUGUGUUUAUCAUACAGUUCGAGAUGGCCCACUGUAUCGCUCAGGCUUUAGACGUUUUCAAGCAGUGGUGUGACAACUGGUCCCCACAAUACUGGAUGGUGGAUUAUAGCAAGGCAAAAAUGAGUGCCAUCAAGCAAGUGUUUCCAGAGAGUCAAAUCUCCAUCUGUGACUUCCAUAGACUACAGGCAUGGCAGAGGUGGCUGCGCAGAAAGGAAAACAACAUAUCCGAUCCAGAUGAGGCCCUGAGACUCAUGAAACACGUAGCCAGUGCUUCAAAUCAGCAUGACUUUGACAAGGCGGUUGAAGUCCUUGUUGACUCUGAGUAUUGGAAAAACGAAAGAUUCCGCAGUUACUUUGAACAAGUGUGGCUGUCAGUAAAGGAGCUGUGGGUCAUGUCUUACAGGCUGGAGUUUGACGUUGUGUUGACCACAAAUAACGGCAUUCAGGCCCAAAACCGCGUGUUGAAGGCACAGUACGUGAAAAGUUCCAGCGGGAAACGGUCAUUAACAUCCCUGAUCAUGACUGUCGUUCAUGGCUACCUUCCCGACAAAAAAAGCGAAAUUCCAUGAGACAGCAAGGAGGCAGUCAUCAGCGUACAGACAGUACAGUGAAAAUGUUCCUGCAUACCUGCACAACCGGCCUCAUGGGUUCGUUAAGCAUAUGCUGAGACGGCUUGUUAACGCAGAGGAAUACACCCCCACAGACAUGGAAGAGCUCCCCGUUGAAGGUGUGUUGCUGAGACGGCUUGUUAACGCAGAGGAAUACACCCCCACAGACAUGGAAGAGCUCCCCGUUGAAGGUGUGUUUACAGUUCAUUCUGAAAGAAGUGAUGAUGAUCUGUACACUGUCGACUUCACCAAGCCAUCGUGUACCUGCCCUGAUUUCAGGAAGCACAAGUACCCAUGCAAGCACUUUUGUGUUGUUUUUAAGUACAGCGACAGGUGGGGCUUUUCCUCUCUUCCGCAGAGUUACCUCAAUCGACCGCAAAUUACUCUUGGAAGCUGUCCAGAAUCCGAAACAAGUUCCGAGAUUCCCCUUGUCAAUCAGCCCAGCCCUUUGAAGUGUCUUCACAAGAUCUUGGUACAGCAGCAUCAGAGUCAGACAUUCCCUUUGUGAAUGAGACCAGCUUUUGUGAAGUGCCUUUACAGCCUGGGGUUUCUAUGCUUCCUGGGACAGCAGCCCCCUCAGUGUCGGAGCUACACAAAAGUAUAACCGAGGAAUUGGAAAAGUGCAGUUCCCUCCUUUACUGCUGCCAUGAUGUUCAAACACUGGUGGAAGCUAGGGGCUUAUUGCAAGCCACCUUCCGUAAGCUGGCUGAAUCUGUGCCACAGAGUUCUGGCCUUCACAUUCGGGGCUCACCGACAAAAGGAUGCUCGUCUCUGAAGCCUCUUCCGAAAAGAAGACGCCUAUAGUGUGCUUUCACUCUGCCAUUGACUGGAGCUUUGACUGCUAGGAAAGGAUCGGGGGAAACGGUGAAGAUGGACCACUCUGUGAUUUUUUUUUUCAUUUUUAAAAAAAUUGCAAUUGUUGCAAAACUCAAUUUAUUUUACCAUUCAUAACUUUGGCCUAAACACAGUGUUCAGACAUCUUUGUGAAUAAUUUUUAGAAAGUUUAGAGCUUUUAAGAUUAAUAUGGUAUGUUUUAUACUAGACUUCAUUAUAGUCAUGCAAUUGUGACAUUGGCAACGACUGUGUAUGUGUAUAAUUGCAGCCGUAAUUUUUUGUGUUGGUGAUACUCUCAAUUCAGAGAGUGUGUGAAAGUAUGUUUUUAGGCUUCUGCUUUCAAUCUAUGUGUAUAAAACUGUUUGUAAAGUUGCAUUCUUUCUGUACUUGCUACGGACGUGCUUGCUUUUAUACUUUCCUUUUGACAUUUUAAUAUAGUACCUGUUGUAUGUGAAAGCAUGUCGGUACAUUUUUUCGCGUGGUCAUUUUAAGAUGCAUUCAUAACGUGCUUGUAAUAUCCAUAGACUGUAAAUAAACCAAAUGUGAGAGAAUGCGUAAUGAGCACAAAAAGUUUACUGUGAAAAUGUGAAGUAUGGUUACCUACACAGCAGAGCAAUUUCAUCAAGACUGCUGCAACAGCUGUGACCGGUUGAUGUAGAGGCUGGGCAAACAAACUGGCGCUUUUUUUUUAGGGCAACUAUGGGAACUACCCCCUCAGUGAAACGCUUUAGGUAUAUAUAUUGAUACUGCAAAGUAAAGUUUGACAUCCACCUAAAUGUGGAUGUCAAACCUUCCUUUGCAGAAUCUUACUCCAUCUUGGGGGUUUCCCCUAAAUCUGGUCCAUAUUGAUACUACUGACUUGGGUGAGCUGCUUAAUUAUUCAAUCUGAAAGCUUUUUAAAUGGCAUCAUAUGGGAACGGGGAUAUAAAAAGGGGUUGCAUAAGGAACACGAAUGCACAAGAAAAUAUUACCGGAAGGUGAUCGUCUCAACUUAGCCUUUAUCAGCUAGUAUUUUUGAACUAAAGUCUUUAACAUGUACAUUUAGUAUCGUGAAACUAGAAAUAGUCAAUGUAGAGCUGCCUAGUUUUUGCCCGUUAUGUAUCCAAAACAUGUAACCCAAUGUAUGGUGCUUACUACAUAGCCUUUCCAUGCAAAGGAGAGAAGCCUCAUGAACCCUCUUCUUUGUGCCUUGGAGGUUUGUUCACUUUUUCCGUACACUCCUUCGGCCAAUCAGCUGUACUUGUAUGCUGUAAAUGAAAUAAAGAAUAUUUAUUUCUGGUG